UCAAAAGCCGUCCCGAGAGGCGGGAGCUCAUUACGUCACCGAAAAGUUUUUCAGGAGCGCUCGAGAGGAUCGCUUUAUGCUUUAUGUUCGUCAAUGAUGUGACAAAUUGAUUUGACUUAAUUAACAUAUUAAUCCAUAUUUUUCAAUUGCGCAGCCAUCCCUACCAGCGUCCUAUUACGUUAUCCAAAGCCGACCGAAAGUCGGUGACGAGUCUCCAACAACAGCACGACCAAACUUUAUUAUUCCGACAAGGGGACCGGAGUUAGCAAGAUGUCUCCCAGGGUGGAUGACGUCAUGCGUCUGUGCUGCGACAUCUCAGCUCACGAGCAAAUUAAGGUGGCGGUCAAAGGCUCGGCCCAGGGAGCUUUCGUGGCGGGUGGCGGCGCCUUUGUGGGAGGCCUGCUGGGCGGACCGCCUGGUAUCGCCGUUGGGGGCGUGCUGGGCAGCCUGAUGGCGGGCUGGCUGGCCAGCGGGCAAUUCCGGCCGCUGGCUCAGAUCCUGACCGAGCUGCCGCCGGCGCAGCGCGACAGACUCUACGAGGACGUAAGCGCCGUCCUGGCCGGCUUGAACUGGACGGACGCGGCCCAGCUGGUGGCCUUGGUGACGGGCAACGCCACGUUGCAGCAGCAGGUGCUCGCCGCCCUGCUCAACUACGUCACCAAAGAGCUCCGAGCCGAGGUGCGCUACAGAGACUGAAAGUCUGAAGCUUGUGAAGCUCCCUCCGUUCCUGCCCCUGUCCAUUUUUCUCUCACUCGAAAUGAUGUACCUACCACAUUACACGUUUCGAAAUA